UUAGCCACUACAGAAGGGAACAUGCCCCCAACAGACGCUACCUCCCCAGUGACGUUUCCGUCAAAAUGAUGUAUGAGGACUUCCGGCAGAAGAAUGAGAAUCUCAAAUACUCCUAUGAGACAUACCGGAAGGUAAUCGAUGAAAUGAACAUUGGCUUCACAAAGCUUGGAGAGGAAGAGUGCGAGGCGUGCCUCAAACAUAACAUCCAUGUGAAAAUCCAUGAAGGGGAUACAAGUGGUGCUGGCUGUGAAAUCUGUAAAGAGUGGGAGGUACAUCAUUUCCGAGCAGUGAGAGGGAGGGAUCAUUACCGCAUGGAUGCUGAGAAGCAGGAGGAGGUCGACACUGUGAUCAGAAGUGUGGACCUUCAAAAGGUCAUUAUGCUCCCUCGCAUGCCUGGAGUGAAGACUGCGGUCUUCACCCGAAGAAUUACCGCAUUUCACGAGACCUUCGCCAUGGUGGGGAAGAUGUCCACCAAAAAGAAGAAGGCCAUCUCGGUUGUAUGGCAUGAGGGCAUUGCUGGAAGGUCGGCAGUGGAGGUGACCUCUGCCUAUGUGGCAUGUCUCAGCCUGGAGAAUGUGGCACAUGUCACCUACUGGGUUGACAAUUGUACAUCACAGAAUAAAAAUUGGGUCCUCCUGUCAACCUUAGUGAAGAUUGUCAACUCAGAUGAAAACCCAAUUGAUGACAUAACCCUGAAGUUUUUUGAGCCGGGCCAUACAUUUAUGAGCGCUGAUAGCUUUCAUGCCAGUGUGGAGAGAAUGAUUAAGAGAAGGCCUGGAGGAGUUGUCCUGGACUUCCAGGAAUUUAAGGACGUGAUUGCAUCGGCCAACUCCGGAAGAGUACAUGUCGUGGAGCUCCAGAGCCGAAGCAUCCUUGCCUGGACUGACAACCACUCUGCGGCAAAAAUGAAAAAUGAAGCACAUCUGGCUGGCAUGUCAGUGAUACAGUUCAGAAGGGGAUCCACUCGCUUCUUCUACAAGCUGAACCAUGAUGAUGACAAAUUCACAGAGUGUGACUUCCUGAAAGCAAAGGCAAGGCUUGAGUUCCCUUCACAGCUGCGGCCUGGCGACAAGGGGGUGGAGAAAGGGAAAAAAAUGGAGAUCCUCUCAAAGCUGGUGCCAUUAAUGCCUGCAAGCCGCCGCCAGUUUUGGGCAGAUCUGGCAGAAGAGGAAUGAAGCGUGUGCACACAAUUUAGCUUAAUGUUAAAAUAUUUGGCAUAUUCAUUGAAUUAUCAACAUUUUUAUUGUUAUUAUUAUACUCUUGUUUUAUUGUUAUUGUGUAACACACGCACACACACGAAAGACACAUGUAAGACUAGAUUUAUGAUAUUUGUAUUGAUCGUACAUUGUAGCUUUAAUGUUAAAAUAGCUUAAUGUUAAAAUAUUUGC